AUGCCGUACGAGAGCUUCAAGAGUUCGCAGCUCGUGUCCAUCCGCGGACUCGUGCAGGAUCGCAAGACCGGCACGUGGCGAUUUCUGCUGCAAAGCGACGGCACGUCCGCCUUCGCCACGCGUCCGUGCACGACGCAGUCGUACACGAUCCGUCGCAGUUUCGAGGACUUCAAGCGGCUCCACGAGGCGGUCGCGCCGCUCAUGACGAAAGGUGGCAAGUCCCAGCUUCCCAAGCUGCCGAACGAUAGUCUUUUGACGUUCUUCGUGGGGGAGACGCAGACGGCGCUACAGAAAAAACGCCACACGCUGGAGCGCGUCCUGGCGGCCAUUGAGGCACACCCGGAUGCCAGUGAGGCGCCCGAGUACCUGGAAUUCUUGGCCAACCUCAACUCGUACGACGAGGUGGCCAAGGCCCCUCUGUCGCCCAGUGUCAGCUCACGUAGCAGCUUCAGCUUCAGCGAGGACGGGACCGUCACCCCACGAGACUUCGUGGGCCCCAACAUGCUCACCACGUCGAGAUCGGCCAACGCCCUGCGACGAGCGUAUUACCAAAAUGACGGAGCUGAGCGCGAGAACCACGUGCCGUUCUCGCACUUCAGCAUGACCUGA